GCAGGUUCCGCUUGGCAAUCUCAUCCCAAGGGGGAGCCGUGGCCAAGCUGAUCGGUUCCGGGUGGAAAAAGCAUUCGAGCCGUGCUGCCACUGGGCACGUAGGAUGUGAGCUGCUACCUUUCGAUCGAGGCCUAAGUGAUGUGAAGACCAAAGAAGAGAGGGCGGAAGAGGCAAAAUGCAUUGCAUUACAAUAUCUGUGGAGGGAAUGACUUGCAAUUCCUGCAUACAGACCAUUGAGCAACAGAUUGCAAAAUUACAAGGAGUCAGCAAUGUAAAGGUGUCACUUGAAAACCAUAAUGCAGCUAUUGUGUACAAUCCAGAGUUCCAAUCCCCUGAGUCGCUGCAGGAAGCAAUUGAUGAUAUGGGUUUUGAAGCUACUCUGACUGACACAAGUCCAGUGCCCGUUACACCAGAAUCAGCCCUUCACAAUGACCCCAGCCUAACUCUCCAGCCUUGCCAGCAGAUUGGAAGCCAAGCAUCCGCUAUAGAAGAUGAGAAGAGGCAAGAGCCACCUGUUGAAGAUGAUGGAGCCCUGCCUUCGGUCUCCAACACAGCAAGUCUGAAUGAAGAUAUUGUUGACAUGGCUGGAGACAAGAAGCUGUUGAUGCCUGAGGAAAAUCAACUGACUCCAGGCAGUGAAAUGGUGGUGAAGAUGAGGAUCGAAGGAAUGACUUGUCACUCCUGCUGCAGCACAAUUGAAGGCAAGGUUGGGAAGCUGCAGGGUGUUCAACGUAUUAAAGUUUCCUUGAAUAGCCAGGAAGCUACAAUUGUGUACCAAGCUCACCUCAUUACACCAGAGGACCUCAGAAGUCAAAUCGAAAGUGCUGGCUUCUUUGCCACAAUCAAGACCAAGGCCAAACCUUUGAAACUGGACGUUGACAUUGAACGUCUAAUAAAUGCAACUCAGGCAACAAAAAGUGCUGUACAGGAGGUGACUAAUAAUCUAACAAAUCUGAUUCUUAGAAUAGAUGGCAUGCACUGCACUUCCUGCGUAACAAACAUUGAAAGUAACAUAUCUGAACUUACUGCUGUGCACAAAAUCAAAGUUUCUUUGGAAAGUAAGCGUGCUGUUAUACAAUACAACCCAACCAUGAUCACUUCAAAUGCCUUACAACAAGCUAUUGAGGCCUUACCUCCUGGAAAUUUCAAAGUUUUUCUCCCUGAUGAAUGUCAGGCUGCAAAAUCUGCCCCUAAUGUUGUACAGCAUCCUUUGAUAUCUUCAAUUCAACCAACUUUUGAAUCAAAAAAGCAUCGACUGAGCAGUGUGGCGGUGAUUAAUAUAAAAGGAAUGACUUGUAAUUCCUGUGUGAGGACAAUAGAAGAAAAUCUUUCAAGUAAAAAUGGAGUGAUAUCAGUUCAUGUUUCUCUGGCACAGCAGAAUGGAACUGUGGAAUAUGAUCCUCUUUUUACCAGCCCUGAGGAGCUGAGGGACAUGAUAGAUGAUAUGGGAUUUGAUGCCAUUCUUCCAGGGAACACAGAACCUGCAAUGAUAAAAACAGAAGUUUUGCCCAAAGUGUUCAUCAAAGACAAAAAAAUAAGAAAUGGGAUAUAUGAAACCAAAGUCAAAGAAGAAUUGCCAUCCCAGGAGAUGGGCAUCACUUCACAGAACACAGGGUCUCUGGCUCCAGAAAAAUGUUUUAUUCAGGUUACUGGCAUGACCUGCGCAUCCUGUGUGGCAAACAUCGAGAGGAAUUUGAAACAGGAAGAUGGUAUAUAUUCUGUGCUGGUUGCUUUAAUGGCUGGGAAAGCAGAAGUGAGGUACAACCCAGCCGUCAUAAACCCCCCAGACAUCGCUGAGUUAAUAAAGGAAUUGGGGUUUGGUGCUUCUGUGCUGGAGGACAGUGAUGGAUCAAAUGGUCAUUUGGAACUAGUUGUGCGAGGAAUGACCUGUGCUUCAUGUGUUCAUAAUAUUGAAUCAACACUCAUGAAAACCAAAGGUAUUUUGUAUACAUCAGUAGCCCUGGCGACUAAUAAAGCUCAUGUUAAGUUUGAUCCUGAGUGUAUCGGACCUCGCGAUAUCAUAAAAAUUAUAGAGGGUCUAGGUUAUGAUGCUUCCCUAGUGAAAAAGGAUCGCACUGCAAGUCAUUUGGAUCAUCGUGAAGAAAUCAGACGAUGGAAGAGAUCAUUUCUCAUCAGUUUGUUUUUCUGCAUUCCCGUGAUGGUCAUGAUGAUUUACAUGAUGGUUGCAGAUCAUGCAUUCUUCAAGAGCCAUCAGAAUGGCUCAACUACUGAUGAGUUUGAACAACACCAUGCCUCAAUGUUUCUGGAACAGCAGCUCCUUCCAGGGCUCUCCAUUAUGAAUUUGCUGUCUUUCGUUCUCUGUUUUCCAGUUCAGUUUAUAGGAGGGUGGUACUUUUAUAUCCAAGCAUACAAAGCACUGAAACACAAAACUGCCAACAUGGAUGUACUGAUAGUUCUUGCCACAACAGUUGCUUUCUUGUACUCCUGUAUUGUGCUGGCUGUUGCCAUGAUGGAGGAGGCCAAAGUAAAUCCAGUUACCUUCUUUGAUACACCACCUAUGCUGUUUGUCUUCAUUGGUUUGGGACGAUGGCUUGAGCACAUUGCUAAGGGCAAGACGUCUGAAGCACUUGCAAAGCUCAUGUCAUUGCAGGCAACUGAGGCAACUAUAGUGAAGAUAAACGAUGAUCAUUCCAUUUUAAGUGAAGAGCAGAUUGAUGUGGAAUUGGUACAGCGAGGAGACAUUGUAAAGGUGGUCCCAGGAGGCAAAUUCCCUGUGGAUGGUAAAGUAAUUGAGGGGCAUUCAAUGGCUGAUGAAUCUCUGAUCACUGGUGAAGCAAUGCCAGUUACUAAAAAGUUGGGAAGCAGUGUCAUUGCAGGUUCUAUCAAUCAGCAUGGGUCUUUACUGAUUGAAGCUACUCAUGUUGGGUCAGAAACUACCCUCUCCCAAAUUGUGAAGCUGGUUGAAGAAGCACAAACCUCCAAGGCCCCCAUUCAACAGUUUGCAGAUAAGUUGAGUGGAUACUUUGUCCCAUUCAUCGUUGGAGUUUCUGUUCUUGCUUUGAUUGCCUGGAUUAUCAUUGGAUUUCUCAAUUUUGAACUCGUCGAAAAAUACUUUCCUGGUUACAACAAAAGCUUGGCUCAAUCUGAGGUGAUCGUACGCUUUGCAUUCCAAGCCUCUAUCACUGUCCUUUGCAUCGCAUGCCCCUGUGCGUUGGGGUUGGCGACCCCCACUGCAGUAAUGGUGGGGACUGGAGUAGGUGCACAGAAUGGGAUCCUAAUUAAAGGAGGGGAGCCAUUGGAGAUGGCACACAAGAUUAACACAGUAGUUUUUGAUAAAACUGGAACAAUCACUCAUGGAACUCCCAGAGUAAUGAACUUGAAGAUGCUGACAGAAAUUAGCUACAUAUCUGAAAUGAAGCUUUUGGCCAUCAUUGGCACAGCAGAAACGAACAGUGAGCAUCCUUUGGGUGUAGCAGUAACCAAAUAUUGUAAACAGGAACUAGGUUCAGAAGUGCUUGGUUCAUGUUCAGAUUUUCAAGCAGUUCCUGGCUGCGGUAUCACGUGCAAAGUCUCAAACAUUGAACCUCUGUUAAAGAACAAGAACGUUGAAGUGACGGAGAACAAUGCUCGGAACAUGGUGCUAAUACAGGUUGAUGAGAAAAGUGGCGGUGAUGCUUUAAUGCACCCUCUCAUCCAAGAAUCCCAAUCUGAAAGCCCAGGGAAAUCUCAGAUCUUUUCAGUGCUGAUUGGAAAUCGCGAGUGGAUGAAAAGGAAUGGGCUAAUUAUUAGUAAAGAUGUGGAUGGUUGCAUGACGGAACAUGAAAGCCAGGGUCAUACAGCGAUACUGGUCACUGUGGAUGGUGUACUGUGUGGAAUGGUAGCGAUUGCAGAUAUUGUGAAGCCAGAAGCAGACUUAGCUGUCCACACUUUGAGGAGCAUGGGGCUGGACGUGGUUCUUAUGACUGGAGACAACAGUAAAACAGCCAGGGCCAUUGCUGCUCAGGUUGGCAUCACCAAGGUAUUUGCUGAAGUCCUUCCCUCACACAAGGUGGCAAAAGUGGCGCAGCUGCAGAAAGAAGGGAAUAUUGUGGCAAUGGUGGGUGACGGUGUGAAUGACUCUCCAGCACUGGCGAUGGCUGACGUUGGAAUUGCCAUUGGAACAGGCACAGAUGUAGCUAUUGAAGCAGCAGAUGUUGUUUUAAUUCGGAAUGAUCUUCUUGAUGUAGUGGCAAGUAUUCAUUUGUCCAAAAAGACAGUCCGGCGAAUUCAGAUAAACUUCGUGUUUGCUUUAAUUUAUAAUAUUGUUGGUAUUCCCAUAGCUGCUGGGGUCUUCCUACCAGUGGGAUUGAUACUACAACCUUGGAUGGGAUCUGCUGCAAUGGCAGCAUCAUCUGUUUCAGUUGUCCUAUCUUCACUCCUUUUAAAGCUUUACAAGAAGCCCAAUCCUGUCAAAUUGGAAGCCAGAGCUCAGAGUCAGACGAAGCGGAGGUCUCUAUCGGAAAUCAGUGUGCACAUUGGCAUGGGUGAGAUGAGGCAGGAAUCACCAAAGUUAAGCCUACUUGACCGAAUAAUACACUACAGCCAAGCUUCCAUUAACUCUCUCAGGUCAGAAAGGCGAUCGAUCACCAACAUUCCCCUGCACGAUCCAGACAAGCACUCUCUCCUUUUGGGAAGAGACGAAGAUGAUGCUGUUUGAGCAGACCCAAGAUGAACACAAUUUGACAACAGUUUUUCAUCUCUGCUCCAGAAUGUCAUUGCUUAGAACUCUUGUGGAUGAAUGGAGCAUAGGAGAGAUCAAUGCUUUAUUCAGCUGGUGCACCUGAUGCACAAAUUUUUGAUUGUGAUGUUUUAUCCAGAGGCUUUGUUUUUUGAUAUUUUUCUGCUUUCCAUCUUAUCUCUGUAUACAGAAGGCAAAGGUGGCGUGAAUCAUGAACCCUCAACCUCUGAUCUGCCAGCAAAAAUUAUGCUGGGCUUAUUGAAUGUUAGUUUUCCACCUUUUUUUCACAGCUCCCUUUAGAAGCCCGACUGAAAACUCACCCCAUCAAAGAUUUUACAUGUCUGAACUGGAAUUCUGAGCUGCCUCAACUGUGUGUGGCAUAUUUAGUCUCUCCAGAGAUUUAAAAUGGUGCCUAUGGUACCUUUUGCUAUCCAGUAAGGACCAAAUCUAUCAUUUAAGUCCUUGCUGACUGACACAUAUCCACACCCUUGUAUAUUUUCUCUCACUAAAAACUCAUGCAAUGUACAAUACACACCAAAGUGACCUCAGAAAUCAAAGAUUCAGUACUAAUACUUAAAUUUGAUAAACGGGUUUGUAGUGUAGUUAACCCAGUUUAGCAGCGCACUACACUGCAGUGGUGACGCUAUUCAUCAAUGAUUCACUUCAUUUGGCAGAUUUGUAUUCUUGCUGUAAUCAUAGAAGGAACUUUAAUUUUGAGGUAGUAGAUUGGAAGAGAUUAAAAAUGAUACAUUUUCCAAAUAUAUUUAAAAGAAACUUUACUCAUCAAUUUUAAUAAUGUCAGGUUGCAAUUAUUUUAUUCUAUAUUACUUGAUUCUGUGCUCUAUGCCAGUAAGUUGUGUUUUAAUAAACACUCAUGCAGUUGGUACUGAAUACUGCAUUCAGUCUGUUGAAAUACUCUCCCUUUGUCCUUUUCCUAUUUGUCAGAAGAUCUUUCUCAAUGAUAUCUGGAAUUAUCUUUUUGUAAGAUAAACCAUCCCUGCCAGUUAGCUUGAUACUUAAAUCUGUGAUCCUUCCUUCAGCAUCUACUAAUAGACAUAGCUGCUCUAGCUACUUGCUGAAUUAUUUCAGCAGUGGAGUAGAAAUGACAAUUAUGUUCUGGGGGAAAAGAUCUCAAAGUUAGAAGGUGUAAAUGUUACUAAAGAUAGUUUAUUAUUUUUCACUUCCGUUAAGAUUUGUGUAUAAUAUACUAUUGUUACGUCGUGAAAUACAGGAACAAUUUUCUUUGUAUUAAAGUGAAGGACUUUUUUUUGCAGAAUAAGAAACUUAAUUUCUUCCCAAAGAGAAUGAUCAUCUUGAGAUAAUCUAUCAUAAAUAGAGUCACAGAGAAGUACAGCACAGAAACAGGCCCUUCAACAUUAUCAUGACACUCUGAGUGAAGAAGUUUCCACUCAUGUUCUCCCUAAACUUUUCACCUUUAUCCCUUAACCCAUGACCUCUAGUUGUAGUCCCACCCAACCUUAUUGGAAAACGCCUGCUAGCAUUUUCCCUAUCUAUACCCCUCAUAAUUUUGUAUAUCUCAAUCAAAUCUCCUUUCAAUCUUCUACAUACUAAAUAAUACAGUCCAAACUUAUUCAAUCUUUCCUUAUAACUUAGGUCUUCCAGACACAGCAACAUCCUUGUAAAUUUUCUCUGUACACUUUCAAUCUUGUUUACAACUUUCCUGUAGGUAGGUGCCAAAACUGCACACAAUACUCCAAAUUAGGUCAAACCCACUUCUUAUAGAACUUCAACAUAACAUCCCAUUUCCUGUACUCAAUACAUUGAUUUAUGAAGUCCAAUGUGCCAAAAGCUUUCUUUCUUUACCCUUGACACCACUUUCAACAAGUUAUGGACCUACAUUCUCCGAUCCCUUUGUUCUAUCACACUCCUCAGUGCUCUACUGUUCACUGGGUAAGACCUACCCUGGUUGGUCCUACCAAAGUGCAACACCUCACAUUUGUCUGCAUUAAAUUCCAUCUGUCACUUUUCAGCCCAUUUUUCGAGCUGAUGCAGAUCUCUCUGCAAGCCACGAUAGCCUUCCUCACUGUCCACUGUACCCCAAUCUUAGUAUCAUCUGCAGAUUUGCUGAUCCAGUAACCACAUUAUCAUCCUGAUCAUUGAUAUAUAUGACAAACAACAAUGGACCCAGCACUGAUCCCUACAGCACACCACUAGUCACAGGCCUACAGUCAGAGAGGCAACCAUCUACUACCAUUCUCUGGCUUCUCUCAGAAAGUCAUAGUCAUACUUUAUUGAUCCCGGAGGAAAUUGGUUAUCGUUACAGUUGCACCGUAAAUAAUAAUAAAACCAUAAAUAGUUAAAUAGUAAUAUGUAUAUUGUGCCAGGAAAUAAGUCCAGGACCAGCCUAUUGGCUCAGGGUGUCUGACCCUCCAAGGGAGGAGUUGUAAAGUUUGAUGGCCACAGGCAGGAAUGACUUCCUAUGACGCUCUGUGUUGCAUCUCAGUGGAAAGCCAACAUCUAAUCCAAUUUACUACCUCAUUUUGAAUGCCGAGGGAGUAAACCUUCUUGACCAACCUCCCAUGCGGGACCUUGUCAAAUGACUUGCCUUCAUCCACUUUUCUGGUAGCUUCCUCUAAAAACUCUAUAAGAUUGGUUUGACAUGACCUACCACACAUGAAGCCAUGCUGACUAUCCUUAAUCAGUCCACAUCUAUCCAAGUACUUAUAUAUCCAGUCCCUUAGAAUAACUUGCCCAGAAAUGAUGUCAGAUUUACUGGCAUAUAACUUCCUGAUUAUGUUUAGAUUAUUUCUUAAACAGCAGAACAACAUUGGUUAUUCUCUAUUCCUCUGGUACCUCUAUCGCUAAGUGUGAUUUAAAUAUCCCUGGCAAUUUCUGCACUUGCCUCCCAUAGGGUCCAAGGGAUCAUCUUGUCAGGCCCUGAGGAUUUAUCCCCCUGAUCUGCCUCAGGACAGCAAACACCUCCUCCUCUGUAAUCUGUACAGUGUUUAUGAAGUUGAUGUUGCUUUGCCUCUCUUCUAUAGACUCUGUGUCUACCUCCUGGGUGAAUACAGAGGCAAAAAAAAUCAGAUCAGCCCCAUCUGCUUUGGCUCCACACAUGGAUUACCAUUCUGAUCUUCCAGAGGACCAAUUUUGUCCCUUGCAAUCCUUUGCUCUUAACAUAUCUUUAGAAUCCAUUAGGAGUCCUCUUCAUCUUGUCUGCUAGAGCAACUUAAUGCCUUCUUUUAGUGCUCCUGAUUUCUUUCUCAAGUGUUCUUUCAUUUUUACACUCCAUAAGCACCUUAUUUGUUCCUACCUGCCUAUACCUGCUAUGCACCUCCUUUUUUCUCUUAACCAGGGCUUCAGUAUCCCUUGAUGCAGAUGGUCAAAAAAUAUCCUUCCAAGUUCAUCAGGUCACCUCAGUUUUGAUACAUGAAGUGAAAUGAACGUAGAUAUGUGAUAGUGGAACUUAAAGAACUUUGCUGCAUAAUCUAUAUAUGCCAACCAGAUUGUUCUAUAACUGGGAUCUUUCAAUUUCCUUGGUGCCUUGGUUUCAAUCUUAGAUUUGCAAGUCAGAGAACACUGUGAAGAUACAACAUGAAUAGUAGAUUUUAUCACAAUGGUUAUUGGCGAUUCGUCUACUGUAUUUCUCAAUGCUUUCUGCUUAGCAUUACCUAAUGAUUAGUUUUGCCAUUGUGUGAAUGUCAAGGGUCAGACACAUAUCUACCUAAUUCCAUGCAAUAUGUUCAGUCACAGGUUCCUAAUAUGUGCAGAUGGUUUACUUUGAGAGAUAUCCUCUGGUUUUGUUUAUCUGCAUUAUAUAUUGUUAUGUUAGUCACACUUUAUUAUUAUUUUAAAUACUAUUGUUUGGUCAUUCAUCCCAUCUAAUUCAGCAAGUCUUAUGUUAUCCCAUUGUACUAAAGUUUUUUUUCCUUCCUGUGUUUCUCACCUCCCCCCCCUCAAAACUUUGUGUUGUCCAGUUUGAAUUUGAAAGAGUAUUGAAGGAGAUCGAUCCUGUCAUAAUAAUAUUUGCAUAUGCAUUCUGCAGCAAAAAAAUCCAAGGAAACAACAUUGAAUGUGUUUCAUUUCUUCCUGAUUGAACUACCUCCCAACUUUUCAACCCAAGAGUGUUUGGGCUGUUUCAAUUGUAGGCUAAAUAUCAUCAAUAUUUAUUCGCUGAGGGUUAGGACUGAACUUCUCUAUGGAGUGCAAUAAUGAGCUGGUAUUGCAUUCAUGAGCAGUUGAUGCAGGAAAGGGGAUUUGCUAGCUGCGUAUUAAUAGGGAUUGCAAAUAUCACCUGGGGCUUAUUAACAUUUCAGUUAGCCACCAGAUGCCAGACACUUUUUAUAAUUUAAUUUAUUGAAAAUAAUUUUGUAAUAAAUGGUAGCCCUUUUCUCCUGCAACUUAUCCAGAUCCUGCAAACUUUUGACAAAACACAUUGUCUUAGUUUGACUGCCAGUGACCAGAAGGCAUUGCAUGAUGUACACUGAAAUAAAAAAUAAUUUUUAUUUCUAAAGAACAACUUUUUUUCUUUCCAAUAUUUCUUAUUUUUAUCCAAAGGUGGCACUUCUGUAUAUGGCACAGAAUAAUCUGCUCUUGGGUAUAGCUAGCAUUUUUUAUGAUCUGGGUAAUGUGCUUUGAAGGGAGAUUCUAAAACGUUUUAAUUAGUUAAUUUAUGCUGCUUUUUUUUUUACUCUUUUUGAAGGAAAGGUCUUAUGAAUGCCUGUCUUUUGUAGCUGCCUGUUAAGAUGGUCUUCCUCCUCAAACAUUGCCUUUUGGAGAAGGUUUCCAGCAGAUGUGCUUCUUCCCAUGCAUACAUAUAGAGACAGACACAGAGAUGCAUAGAAACAGGCACUCUCAUUCAGGCACAGGCAUUUAUGGACAGGCUCGCAUGCUCACCUACAGAUACCACACACACUUUAAUCACAGUCAGAAGUUACUGUACACAGACUGGUCCACUUCCAGACUGCAAUGAACUUGAUGACAAUAAUCAGCUGUGUUGCAGCUUGGGAUGUGCACAUUUGCAAAGGAAUCCCAAAAAUACUGAAGUACACAAAUGAAUUCCAGCAUUUCCAUGUACAACUGCCACAAUCUUGUGCAGAAAUUUCAAGCCAAUGACCAUAUCUUUGUAAAAGUGAUGGCAUAUUCGUUCUUUCAAGAGUAGAUGAUAGAUAGUAGUUACGAUAUAUAUGGUAUAGUUAAUUCAUUUUCUUGAGCAGAAAAAUAUACUCAUAUAUAAAUUUGUCAAAUAUAAUUGGUAGUAAUUUAUUAUUUGUGCUACAUUUGACAUUAUAUAUGCAAAAGUUAAUCAUAUUUCUGCAAUCAAAAGAAUUGGCAUUCCACAUUUAAAAUGGUAGUUUCUUUGCUUGAUGUAUUUCCAGAGUCUCUAUGGAACUUAUAAAACUCUAUGGAAUUUUUGAUUUAAAUUUAAAAUGGGGAAUUGUUGAAUAAAAUGGAAGAAAUACCAGGGUGAAAAAUUAUGACUAAACAUUUAAACCUUUUUGGAAAAUGAUGAUACAUGUUUUGUGGUUUGAUAUUUUGAGCAUCCAUUUUAUGCCUAUAUCCUAAUGAAAAUUGUUAGAAUAUUACAAAAUAAAAUAUUACUGGUGCUUUUCAAACCUCCCUUCCUGAUGAUGACACAUUGGGAUAUGAUUGGGCCAAAGAUAGCGAGCCUUUAUUGCUUUAGGUUUUCACUGUAUUGCAGGAAUUAUCAAUGAAGUAUGCUAGAUUAUAAUGCAUCAGUUAUGUGCUAUUGAUAAGGUGGUGUACAAGUGCUGAUAAUUUCCCUCAUCUGGAAUCCAUCAAUGAUCAUAUACUUAGAAGUUGAAAACUUAGCUUGGUAUCUAAUCUUUCAGUUGAAGAUUUGGGGGAUUCCCUGACUCCGUAAAUUUAUCAAUGGUUGUUUUAGACCAUAAUACAUAUGAGAAGAAUUAGGCCAUUCAGUCCGUUGAGUCUGCUGUACCAAUCUAUCAUGGCUGAUUUAUCAUCCCUCUCAACCUCAUUCUCCUACCUUCUCCCCAUAACCUUUGAUGCCCUGGCUAAUCAAUAUUCAAUGGGUUUCAAUACGAUCCUCCCUCAUUCUUCUAAACUGUAAUGAGUAUAGGCACAGAGCCAUCAAACACUCCUCUUACAUUAACCCUUUCAUUCCCAUAAUCAUUCUCAUUAACCUCCUUGGGACCCUCUCCAAUUACAGCAUUUUUUUUUAAGGUAAGCCCAAAACUACUCCGAUUCCUUCUCUUGGAUCCAGCACCAUCCUGAAUUUCCCAAUCUACUUGAAUAUUGAAAGCCCCCAUUACUAUCGUAACAUUGCCCUCUUUUUUAUUUCCCAUUGUAAUUUGUAGCCCACAUCCUGGCUCCCGUACGGAGGCCUGAAUAUAACUCCAUCUGGGUCUUUUUACCCUUGCAGUUUCUUUCCACCCACAAGGGUUCUACAUCUUCUGAUCAUAUGUUAUAGAACUGAUUCAUGAUUAAAUCUGCUCAUGUUACCUCAGCAGAAGACUACAACCCUCCAGUCUGUUGUGACAUAGAUGAUACUUAUGUUCAUGCUAAAAAUUUUUAAUUACUCAAGUCCCUAUGAUGUGGUCAGAAUGAUAAGGAAGUCACAUUGCUUAUCUAAGUUCACCCACCUAGAUAAAACCACAGUCCCCCUCUAAAGAAAUUCCAGAGAUGUUGCUUCCCUUAUCUUAGUUGAAAGACCAUUUUUCAUGUGAAGAAGCACUUCUAAAUUUGCCUGGCUCUAAAGCAGAAGUUCCCAACAUUUUUUAUGCCGUGAAGCAAUACCAUUAACCAAGAGGUCCGUGGACCCCUGCUUUGUAGUGAUCCCUAUCCCAUUUUCUCCUGCUGGUAUGUCUUUCAGCGUUGUACUUUGGUCUUUUCUUCAAUGCAAUAUCCUGACAAACUCAGCUACAGCAUUGCCUCUUAUUCAUUCCCUUUCAAAGCUAAGAAAAUAAUUCCCUCAUAUUUAUAUAUGCAUGGCAAGGUAAUAUAGCAGUUAGUACAAUCGCUUUUCGGAGUCAGCGAUCACCGAUCAGUGCUUAAUUGCCACUGUUGUCUGUAAGGAGUUUGUACAUUCUGCACAUGACUACAUGGGUUUCCUCCAGGUGCUCUGGUUCCCUCCCACAUUCUAAUCCCAUAUGGUUAGGGUUAGUAAGUUUAUUUCUAUAUAUGUAGGCUCAAAUUAAAUCCUAAUGUUGCCUACUAUGAGGAUUCAUAGCCAUUGGGCAUUUGCUUUGACUGAAUCCUGAUGGGUUCCCAAAUGAUUUUUGUAAUUUGACACUUAAUAGUUAGCUCACUAAGAUUCAAGACGCUAAUCUAUCACACUCCUCGACAAUAUCUAAAGUGAAGUUUGCACACUCAAACAAGACAAGAUGGCUUCCAAACCCCGUAUUGUCUUACUAGCAUUAAAUUUGUUUCUCUCACUUAUGCAAUACAAACUCCUGCAACAGGCACUCCCACUGAUUUUUUUGGAAGAUGAUUCACCAUUAAACCCAGAUGGGAAUGAAUACAAAAGAAAAAAAAAAUUGCUAAACUUGAGUUAAAUAGUUCAUUAUUUAAAUUAUAAGGACCAAAAAUAAGUUGUUAAGAAGUCUAAUUAGCAUGCUGUUCAAUGGCUGUCAUUACUGUUGAGCAUGUUUAUUGUUUAGAAAUAUAUUGACCACUGCCUGGGUAGAGAAGCUUGGACCUUGAAUGUUAGUAUUUUUUAUUUGAGAAUUACUGCCACUUUGGAAUAUGAAUUUAAGCUAACAGCCAGCACUAUUGUAAAUUUGUUUCAUAUUGCAAUAAAAUGUGUUUGCAAAAUUUCUGAAAGCAUUGGAUUAUGUUGCCCAUAGAUGUGGUAGGUAGCCAUCAAAAGAUUCUUGUAAUUUUCAUAAUAAAAACCAUUUGGGAUGAAGUUGUAUAUCACAAAUAUGAACAAAUCUGCAGUUGCUGGGAUGAAGUAGGCCCAUCAAGGGAAGUACAGGCAGACCACUGAAAUCACUUUGAUCCUCUGUUUAAACAAUGAUGUGCAUUGCAUCAGUACUUUCUUCUUAAAAUGCACUUAAAAUGAAAGUAAUUAGCCAUUUAAACACCAGUUCUCCAAAUUUUACUAAUUUCAUAAUUUGUUCACGUUGUUCCAUUUUAUAAACAACAUUUACCCCUACUCCUCAGAUUCAAUGUUGUCUUCAAAUGAUAUGGUUGUUCUGUGCUCUAUUUUUCUUCCACAGUGAGAGUUAUUUAAGCUUCCUAACCAGCAUAAUAUUCUUUCAAUAUGUCUAGAAUAAACUUUAUUACAUUGCCUUGUGUUAAAGUGUAGAAUAAUAAAAACCUGUAUAACUCUUUUCCAAAAAUUUUAUAUUAAAGUUUAGAGAUUUCUUUUUAUUUUUGAAAAUGUUGAUAUGCUGUUGACCAGAUUUAAUGUGCACUUUUGUGAAUUCAUAUGUAUAAAUCACAAUAAAAGCCCAUGAUGAUGAUGGCUGGUUCUUCGCUUGCGAAGAUCU